GUCGCCGAAAGUGGGAGGAUUUAACGCGGAUGAUGCAGCAGUACUCAUCCUGUGCAUGUGCUAAAAGGUGUAUUUGUGUCCAACUGAACUUCCCAUUUCCGCCUACAUAUAAUCCCAUAACCCAUUUGUUUCUCUAUCAAUUAUGCCGAAGUCUCGUGUUUUCGUCGUUUUAUCAAGCGCUCUAUGUACCGCUUAUUUCUCAAAAUAUUCUUUCCAGGCAUUUCACGUCAGUUCGACAAGAAUGAGAAUUUUCAACCUUACCUUUUUGUUACUUACCAUCUUAGUGAUUCUCUCUGCUGUGGACGUUGGUGAAUGCAGAGUUAUCGAUAAAAUAAGAGCAGUAUUCGAAAACCUUCCGUCCCUCGCUGAAAGUGCGAGAAAUAUUGCACGCGUAAUUAGAAUCAUCAGAGAAUCAAAUGGUGCACCAGCACCAGAACCUGUACCUCAAGAUGGAAAGUGA